AGGCGGCGGCGCGCAGGCUCAGGGUCCGGCAGCGGCGACGGUGGUGGCCACGGCUCCUUAUCCCUGCGGCUGCUUGCGUGCGGGCCAGCCGGUCCGCGCGUCCCUCGGUGUGUUUCCGCCGGCGGGCCGAGCGGGCCAAGCCCGCGUGGGGAGCACCCGCCGGCCGCAUGGCCGCCAUCAAAGCGCUGCAGCAGUGGUGCCGGCAGCAGUGCGAGGGGUACCGCGACGUGAACAUCACCAACAUGACCACGUCGUUCCGUGACGGCCUGGCCUUCUGCGCCAUCCUGCACCGCCACAGACCUGACCUCAUAAACUUCAGUGCCCUCCGGAAGGAGAACAUAUAUGAGAACAACAAACUGGCCUUCCGUGUGGCUGAGGAGCAGCUGGGGAUCCCAGCCUUGCUGGACGCUGAGGACAUGGUGGCCCUGAAAGUGCCUGACCGGCUGAGCAUCCUGACCUACGUGUCCCAGUACUACAACUAUUUCCACGGCCGCUCCCCCA